AUGGGACACCUUAGUCUGCCUUAUAUUGAGGAGCCUGUGGUGUUUCCACGCAUCGUUCGUGUGUCUGAUGUGAAGGCAUCUCAAGGCCAUGCAGUUAUCUCUCGACAGAAAAGGAACAUCCUUUUCCCAAGUGGCGUCAAACUGUGUGCACAAGAGACCGCUCAGCAGGUUGUUGCAAACCAUCUGAGCUACUUUCAUCUCAGAGUGUGCCAGGAGACCAUAUGGGAGGCUUUUAAGAUCUUCUGGGACCGCCUCCCAGAGCAGGAAGAGUACCAAAGCUGGAUGAGCCAGUGCCAGGAAGGCACAGUCACGGCACUAGAUAUUGGCAGCUACUUCAGCCAGUCAGAGGAGCACCAGGCUCUGGUUAAAAAGAGAAUGUCACUGCCAGGUUUGAAAAGUGAGCCCACCAGGUCCUGGCAGCAUAUGUGCAGCACUCCAACACCAGUCACAACGAAAGCUGCUGAAUCUCCUGAGCUAGAAGACGUAGCUGAAGAGGUGGAGGGGGAGGAAGCAGCCACCAUUGUCCCAGAGGUGCAGGAGAGUACACUGGACAAUGACAUUGCCAUGCAGCCUCCCACACCCGCUGUGCUGGAGCAGGUGGUUGAGCUCAGCAUCGUCCUGACAGGAGAGAUGUACAGCGACGACCUCGAGGAUCCAGCCAGCCCCCACUUCCAAACACUCAGUAGACAGCUUGCUGAAAAGAUAGAGGAUGCUCUGGAGGGGCUUCCUGGAUUUAAGAGUGUGACUGUGCUGGACUUCAGGCCCCAGAAGGAAACCCAAGGGCUGGAUGGCGUGGUAGUGGACUAUGCUGUCACAGUGUGGGUGGAUGGAGCAGGGGUGAGCAAUGAACAACUGGACUACCUGACCUUGCAGUCGAACCGGGUGGAGAACUCGUACAGUGAGGUCAAGGAGCGCCCGACAGUGGUGUACACCAUCAGCGAGAUCAAAAACUAUGUCACUGAAGCCCUGCAUCGCAACGAGCCAGAGAGUGUGUCCGAGAUACCCGAGUCUGUCAACGUUGCAGACGGAGCCACGGUCAUUAUUGUCGAUGAGCCACCAGAGGUCAUGAUCCUGGAAGAGGACACUGAAGAUGAUGUCCUGCCUGAGCCCUUUGAAACCAACACAGCAACGGCAGCAGAAAAUGACAUCAUUGUCCUGGAGGAGAGUACUGUUAUAUCUCCUGCUCCUGUCCUGACCACCAGUGCACCUGAAGCUGACAGCAUUGAGGAGGAGGGUCUGCUGCUGGAGGACACUGUGCAGACUCCUGCUGUAGAGAACCCCCCACCAGAGGAGCUCCCAGCUGACCUCCCCUCCCCUGAGCUGCCAGAGGAUAUCACACUGCCCGAACCACCAGUGGAGAUCGAGGCCUCCGGCUCAGGCACGGGUGACCUGGAGGGCCUGCUACAGCCAACGUCAGCCACAGAAGAAGAAGAGGACGUGUCUCUUGAGGAGACUGCUUUGGAAGAUGGACUGAUAACAGAAGAUGUUGCUGUCGAUGCAGAUGCUACAUCUGAAGCUGACACAAAGGAAGCGGGAGAGGAGGUUACUCUGGAAGAAGACCAUCCUGCUGAGAUUGAUGUGAAUGAGGCAGAGAUUCCAGAGGAGCUGGAGAUCUCCACAAUUGCAGCCGAGACCACAGAGGAAGAAGAUGAGGAGGUAAACCCAGAAGAUGCAGCCAGAAAUGUGGUAUCUGAAAAUGCUGAGGAAUCUGUAUUUGAAGAUGGCGGCGUGGAGGAAGCAACAGAGGGCGAGGGACAAGAUGUGAAGGAAGAUCCAGAAACGCCUGGAGCUCCAGUUGUAGAUAAAGAGGAAACGGAGGCUCCUUACAUCUCCACAGAAGAUCUCACAGAAGAUGAGAUCUUACUGGUGAACAAGGAUGAACUAGUACCACCAGUGACAGAUUCUUUGAGCCCUGCCCAACCAACUACCCUGUCUCCAGAGAGGGAGUCGCCUUUCACUCGUAUCUCUGAUGUUGACCCUGCCUCUGAUGUGCAACCUGACAUUAUCAUCCCUGCACUGGUGGAGAUACAGACCUCUAAUGAAGGCUUGGAUGAUGCCACCAUUGGAGACCAGGACUAUGACGUGGUUCAUUAUGGUUAUGGUUUGAUUAACCACACAGAGGAGGGCAGCACUGGAUUCCCGUUCGGUGUGGCACACGGCACAGACCAGGCCAGUAUCGCCAUGCCUGUGAACCCUGGGCGAGCACUGAUGGUAUUCUUCAGCCUGAGGGUGACCAACAUGAUCUUCUCAGAGGAUCUCUUUAACAAGAGCUCUCCAGAGUAUAAAGCUUUGGAGCAACGCUUUCUAGAGCUGCUUGUGCCCUACCUGCAGUCCAACCUGACUCACUUUGAGAACCUGGAGAUCCUGAACUUCAGGAACGGGAGCAUUGUGGUCAACAGCCGGAUGAAAUUUGGUAGACCUGUGGCUCGUGGCGUCACCACCACCGUCUAUCUGAUCCUGGAAGAUUUCUGUAACACAGCCUACCAGACAAUGAACCUGGCCAUCGAUAAGUACUCACUGGAUGUCGAGUCGGGUGACCAGGCUGACCCCUGUAAGUUCCAGGCGUGCAACGAGUAUGCGGAGUGCAAGGUGAACAAGUGGUCGGGGGAGGCAGAGUGUGUCUGCAACGCUGGCUACUUCAGCGUGGACGGCCUUCCCUGUCAGAGCAUCUGUGAGCUGCAGACCGACUUCUGCCUCAAUGACGGCAAGUGUGACAUCAUCCCGGGCCAGGGAGCCAUCUGCAGGUGUCGUGUCGGGGAGAACUGGUGGUACAGAGGAGAACACUGUGAGGAGUAUGUGUCUGAACCACUGGUGGUCGGCAUAGCGAUCGCCUCAGUUGCCGGCUUCCUAUUGGUGGCUUCCGGAGUGAUCUUUUUCCUGGCCCGGACGUUACGGGAUCAGUAUGACAAGGAUGAGUCGGAGGAUCCCAUAAGACGAGCAGAGAGUCUCCCAUCUCUGGAGAGGGCAACCAAGUACAAUCCCAUGUAUGAGAGCGAGGCCACCACAGGCUAUAGCCACUACUACCGCCGCUACCCUGAGGCUCCAGUCUACAGCAGUGCCAGCGCAGAGGCCUCAACCGACUUCAGCAGCGAGGAGAUACGGCACAUCUAUGAGAACAGUGAACUGACCAAGGAGGAAAUCCAAGACAGGAUACGCAUCAUUGAGCUCUACGCUAAGGACCGGCAGUUUGCAGACUUUGUGCGGCAGCAUCAAGCUGUCCUGGACACCCGCAGAGAGAGCUCCUCUACAUAGACAUGAAACUCUGCUGUGAACAACAAGAAACAUGCCUCUAUGUUAAAAAAGUGAAGCUCCCCGUCAAGACUGCACUGUUUGAAAGGACUGUCACUCAGUACAAGAUUAUUUUCUCAAUGAAGGGCCCCUCGCUGUGUCUGUGUCUGUCCCUGCCUGUGUGGGCAGAGCUAUCGACUGUUCUGCCUCCUUCCUCUGUGCCUUCUCUUCUUGACUGGGCGAGCUGGCUGUGACAUCAAGGGACAUGUUUUGCUGCUCAUCUACUGGAUGUCUCCCUUUGAGGAAAAGUGGACCGCAUCCUAUUACUUGAAAUGUUGACAGAAGCAUAACAGUACACAUAACUAUGCAGUACUUUUGCUUAGUGACAUAAUGGUUUUGUUUCAUCAUAUCCUAUUUCUCUAUUCUUGUCCAAAGGGAAGAAUAUAAAGCUGUGAAUAUGUAUAUAUGGAUGUUUCUAGUUAGGACAUUAUUUAAACAGUUUUCUCUGCUCUCUUGUGUCUCCAUAGCUCAAAUGGACUUUUUGGGUGUUCUCAGACAUACACUGAGAGAGUUGCUGCUGUUUAGUCAACGGUGCUAUCUUACUUUAAAAUACAAUUU